AUGGAAAAAUGGUACUUGAUGACUGUAGUGGUCUUAGUAGGACUAACAGUACGGUGGACAGUUUCUCUUAAUUCUUAUUCAGGUGCUGGAAAACCCCCUAUGUUUGGUGAUUAUGAAGCUCAGAGACACUGGCAAGAAGUUACUUUCAAUUUACCAGUCACACAGUGGUAUUUUAACACCAGCAAUAACAAUUUACAAUACUGGGGACUGGAUUACCCACCUCUAACAGCUUAUCAUAGUCUCUUAUGUGCAUAUGUGGCAAAGCUUAUAAAUCCUGAUUGGAUUGCUCUCCAUACAUCACGUGGAUAUGAGAGUCAUACACAUAAACUCUUCAUGCGUACAACAGUUUUUGUUGCUGAUUUGCUGAUUUACAUACCUGCAGUGAUUUUGUAUUGUUGUUGCUUAAAAGAAACUUCAACUAAUGGAAAGAUUGCUAAUGCAUUAUGCAUACUGCUAUAUCCAGGCCUUAUUCUUAUCGACUAUGGACAUUUUCAAUAUAAUUCUGUGAGUCUUGGCUUUGCUUUGUGGGGUGUUCUUGGCGUAUCUCAUGACUGGGACCUGCUAGGGUCCCUGGCAUUUUGUUUAGCUAUAAAUUAUAAACAGAUGGAACUUUACCACUCCUUGCCAUUUUUUUGUUUUUUACUUGGCAAGUGUUUUAAAAAAGGCCUGAAAGGAAAGGGGUUUGUGUUACUAAUAAAGAUAGUUUGCACAGUGGUGGCUUCCUUCAUUCUCUGCUGGCUGCCGUUCUUUGCAGAAAGAGAACAAAUCCUGCAAGUUCUAAGACGACUUUUCCCCGUUGAUCGUGGGUUAUUUGAGGAUAAAGUAGCCAAUAUUUGGUGUAGCUUCAAUGUCUUUCUGAAGAUUAAGGAUAUUUUGCCACGUCACAUCCAGGUAAUAAUGAGCUUUUGUUUUACAUUUUUGAGUCUGCUUCCUGCAUGUAUAAAAUUAACAUUUCAGCCCUCUCCCAAAGCAUUCAAAUUUACUCUGGUUAGCUGUGCUCUAUCAUUCUUUUUAUUUUCUUUCCAAGUACAUGAAAAGUCCAUUCUCUUGGUAUCAUUACCAAUCUGUUUAAUUUUAAAUGAAAUUCCUUUUAUAUCAACAUGGUUUCUACUUGUGUCAACAUUUAGUAUGCUACCUCUUUUAUUGAAGGAUGGACUCCUGUUGCCCUCAGUUGUGACAAUGAUGGCAUUCUCUAUAGCUUGUGCUACCUCCUUUUCAAUAUUUGAAAAGAUUUCUGAAGAAGAACUGCAGUUGAAAUGCUUCUCCACUUCUGUAAGGAAGUAUCUUCCACAUGUCACAUUUCUUCCCAGAAUUAUACAACAUUUGUUUCUUUUUUCAGUAAUUGUUAUGGUCCUUCUGACGCUGAUCACUGUCACACUGGAUCCUCCUCAGAAAUUACCAGACUUAUUUUCUGUAUUGAUAUGUUUUAUAUCCUGCUUGCACUUCCUGUUCUUCUUAGUAUACUUUAACAUUAUAAUCAUGUGGGAUUUGAGAAAUGGAAGAAAUCAGAAGAAAAUCAACUAG